AUGCAAUCAGAAGGUGAAGAAGAUAAUAUGAAUCUAGGUGGGAUCAAUCAUGGUGAUUUAGGCAGGACCUAUCGAAUCACACCUAUACAAUCACCAAUCAUUGGAGCUUCUUUUCAAGGUGCCUAUUUAUCUAGGUUACCUCUUGCUCCACCAUUGAUCUUACAGCUGGAUUGUUGGGACUCGGAUGGUGAUCUGAUAAUACCGUACGACGAAUUACCAUUUUUGAUUUGUCAUUUGAGUUUACAAACUCCCGAAGAAGAAGAUGCAGCUAUGAUCAUUUCCUCAGAGGGAGAACAGGUGUCAAUGCUUUACGGUACACUCGUGGCUGCACCGGCGGAGAUGAACGAUACUUCCCAAGCACCUGGUAUAUACUUUGUGUUCCCAGACGUUAGUGUAAGGUAUGUGGGGAGGUUUAGGUUACAUGCUCUGUUGAUGCGUAUAACUGGAGGUCCGCCGCUUGAUACGGCUACGACGGAACCAUUCGAUAUUGUGAGAGAAUCAGAUUACAUAGCUCCGCCUAUAACGGAAUUAACUCGUCACUUCGACUCUCAGGGAGUCGUCAGAUUCGGAUUACCAAGAUCGGAAUGGUGA